CAGGUGGUCAGGUUACAACCCUUCCAGUAGCGAGAAGGGUCCGAGAGUGCAGAUGUGGAGGCUGAGGAUAGACCGGUUACAGGACAGGGAGGUUGUGCAUCCGGAGGCUUUGGAGCCUCGGCAUAUGGCGUUGUGGCGGUCUGUGACGUCGCUGAUCUACUUUGCCGUCAUAGAGUGGCAUCAGAUAGAUAGGGUGCUUCCGCAGUUCGGAGGAGUGCAGCCCCGUCCGGGUCCCGCCCUGAACAUCGACUUUCUGAUGUCGAAGGAUGGCAGAGGUGGUGAUAGAUGGUUCCCGUACCAUCUGCAGAAGUGGCAUCUCUAUUGGGAGUCCCGUGCGGAGACCGUGCUGAGGUUCGAUGUUGUUGCCGACCCUGGACCAUCGCAUGAGUUCCUCGAGUGGUGGCUUCAGCAUGGAAAGAGGUUCUUGUCUGCGGAGAUGCACUUGGGGGAUCCAAGAGCCGUUCCUAUUCCAGUUGAGGCCUCACAGCGGGGUGCUGGGCGAGUUCUUGACAUGGAUCGACCUGAGGACGUGCCGGACAGGCGGCGGGUUGAGAGGAGAGCUCGUGUCGGGACACGACGGAGCCAGCGUGACUGAAACUGGCUUGAGCAUGCUAUGGACGAUGAUGACGAUGCGGGUCCUGCUGGAGGCAGACAACGAGGCCAGGGAGGGAGGCGGAGAGGGCGUGAUGCCGCGGACCACCCUUGUUGUGACCAUGACGAAGACGACGACGAU